AUGUUUUUUAAUUUUUCAAGAAAGAAAAAAAGUGAAGAGAGACUUGAAGAAGAAAGAAGUAAUACAUGUGAAGAGACUGAACAAGUUGAAGAAACUAGUAAUAAUAAAAGAGGAAGGAAACAAAAAGAAAAAGAUGAGAAAGUAAAAUCUGUAGAAGAUAAUUUGGAUGAAGAAUAUGAUGUAGGAAAAAAUAAAACACAAGAAAAGAAAAAAAGAAAAUAUACAAGGAAAACUGGUGCGACAGCUACGACGAACACUACUACUACUACAACAACAAAGAGAGGUCGAAAAAGUAAAAAAGAAAAAGAUGAAGAGAUUGAAGAAAAUGAAAAAAAAAAUGAAAUUAAAGAUGAAAAUGUAAAUAAUAUAGGAAAAAGUGAUGAUAAUGAAGAAAAAGAUAAUAAAGAAAAUAAUGAUGAAAAUGAUGAAAUAAAAAUAACAGAAGAAUUAAAAGAUAAGGAUGCUAAAGCCAGUGCCCUUACGUUAGAAAUAUUAGGUGAUAUACCUGAUGCUGAUAUGAAACCUCCUGAAAAUAUUUUAUUUGUAUGUAAAUUAAACCCAGUUACUGAGGAAGAAGAUUUGAAAAUAAUUUUUUCAAGAUUUGGAAAUAUAAAAUCAUGUAAAAUUAUUAAAGAUAAAGUUACCAAUAAUUCAUUGCAAUAUGGAUUUAUUGAAUUUGAAAAAAAAGAAGAUUGUUUAAAUGCAUAUUUUGAAAUGGAUAAUGUUGUAAUUGAUGAUAGAAGAAUUCACGUCGAUUUUUGUCAGUCCUUGUCAAAAUAUAAGAAUGAAUAUUUAAAAGAUAAUAUGAACAGCGAUAAUGUAAAUAACAAGAAACAGAAAUGGGAUGAAGCAACUUGUAUAAAAAAAGAAGAAAAUAAUGAAGAUAACAUUCGUGUCUUUAAAUAUGAAUCUGAUCAUAAUAACAAAGAACAUAAUAAUGAUCGAAAUAAAAGAAGAGAUUCUAAAGAAGAUCUUGAAAACGUGAAAUAUAAGAAAUAUGAUAAUGACAAUAAAAGAAAUUAUUUUUCUAAAUAUAAAUAUGAUAAAGAUAAUAAUUAUAAUAAUAAUGAUAGGAAAUUUUCUCAUCAUUAUUAUAGAAACAGUUCAUAUAAAUAUAAGAAUAGUAAUAACCACAAUUUUAUGCAUUCGAAAAAUCAAUAUUAUAGAAAAAAUCUAAAUUAUUAUGAUAAUAAAAAUAAAUAUUAUAAGAAUGUUCAUAAUACAGCUAUAGGAAAAAGAAACUAUUCUCCUAGUGAUAUGAUAAAAAGAAAUAAUUAUAAUCGACGUAAUAGUCGAUCAUUGUCAACAAGAGAUAGAAGAACAAGGGUUGAAGGGAAUACCAAAGAUUAUGAUAGAUAUAAAAAAAAAGAACAUGAACACAAAAAUACUGAAGAACAUAUGAAUAAUGAUCAAAAGAAACAAAAUGAUGAUGAAAUAAGUAAUUACGAGAACAAAACAAAUGAUGAACAUAAAACAAAUGAAGAAUCAUAUAGAAGAAGUAUAGAAGGCUCCCAAAAAAGUGAUAACGUUAAAAAUAAUAAAGUUUCCAAAUCUGCAAGUAAAUCUUAUGAUAAACCUGAACUAUAUGACGUUGAUUAUAAUGAUGAUAUAUCUGAUUAUGAAAAAGAGAAAAACACAAAAAAUGAAAAAGGAAGUCAAAGUAAUUCAACAUUUAAAAUAUCAAGUAGGAGAAGUAAUAGAAGAGCAUCGCAGAACUCAUCUAUUAAUAAUAAAGAAGAACAUGAAAGCUACACCAAGAAAGAAAGCAAUAAAUACUAUGAGAAUAAAAAAAGAAAAUAUAACGAUUAUGACAAGAAAGAUGACGGCAAUUAUCAAUAUCCGGUUAAGGAUUAUGAUAAUGAUAGAAAAGGGAAAUAUCCAUCGUUUGCUGAAGAAGAUAGAAAUUAUAAAAGAAGAAAUUAUGAAGAUAAAUAUGCAGAUAAAUAUAGAGAUAAAUUUCCAGAUAAAUAUAGAGAUAAAUUUUCAGAUAAAUAUUACAAUAAUAAUAAUAUGAGAAAGUAUAGUAAAUAUAAUGAUGGUUAUGUAGGAGAUAACAAAAAAUUUAGUAAAAGAGAAGAUCAUUUUAAUUAUUAUGAUGAAAAGAAUAAAUAUAAUAAACAUGAUAUAUAUGAUAAAGAAUAUUAUAAAAAAAGAAAAUUCACCAACUACAAUACUUAUAAUAAUAAUGAUAAGUAUCAUAAUAAAGAUUUCAAAUCAUAUAGAGAAGAAAAAAAUACAAACUAUUAUGGAACAGAUGAUAAUAAAAAUUAUCAUCAUACAGAUGAUUUCCACAAAUCAUAUAAACAUAAAGAUAGCAAAAUAAAUGAUGAUCAUAUAAAUAUAUCAUCCAAAUAUCAUCCUAAUAAUGAUUAUAGAAAACCUUAUGAUAAUGUAAAGGAUAAAAUGCCUUAUUAUUCUAAACAUAAUAGAAUGUCACAAAAACAAGAUGAUUAUAAAUAUGCAGAUAAUUAUAAAAGUAAAUAUAAUAAUAAAUCAUAUGAAGAUAGAAGGUUAACGAAUCAUAGAGAUAGAUCGUUUGACCAAGAAAAAGAUUAUAAAUAUUCAAGAAAUAAUAAGGAUGAUAAUUAUCAUAAUUUAAAUAAAAAAGAUAAAAGAAGAAAUCAUUCUAAAUCCUUCUCAGAAUCAAGGUAUGAUUAUUCUAAUAAAUAUAAUGAUAGAAAAAAAAGUUAUAAGAAUGAUAAAUAUGAAAAAAAAGUAAAAACAAAUAAUAAAAAUCAUGAUUCUCCAAAUGAACGUAAUUCAAUUAGUAUUUCCAAAGAUUCAUAUACAAAUAAUAAAAAAAAAAAUUCAUAUACCUUAAAAACUGAAUCAGUAAAAUCUUUUGUUUCACGUGAAUAA